AUUUCAUGCGCCAAAAACGUAAACUAAACGAGUAUCUUUGGAGAUAAGUUAAUGCCGAGAAUGACCAGCUGCCCAAUAAACUGCGCUACCAGCAACUGAGACCGACGCCCGCACAAUUCGAGAAUCGCUGCAGUGCAUCCUGCGCGCAGGCGGCUGGAAAAACGCAAUUUCCACCUUGUGGGUGGUACAGCAGCGCAGGAAGAAGAAGAGCGGCAACGCUGCGCUCCCAAUUGAUAAACAAAAGGAUCGAAAAGGCGGAAAAAAGGAUUUAAAUCGGGCACCUGGACAAGAUGCCAGGCGGGCGAUAGUGGGAGCGAUCCAUACACUUGGUCCAGCAACACAGAAAUCUCCAGAUUACGAUGCAGCAAAUGGACGAUCCGCCGUCGCUGCCCGUGGGCACGGAGGUGAGUGCCAAGUACAAGGGCGCCUUCUGCGAGGCGAAGGUCAGCAAGGUGGUGCGCAAUAUCAAGGUGAAGGUGGCCUACAAGCAGGGCCUAGGAUCCGGCAUUGUCCCCGAUGAUGCCAUCAAAGCGCCAACGGGCCAGUUGCGCGUCGGUGCGGUCGUGGAGGUGCGUCAUCCGGAUCGCAAGGAGCUCGUGGAGGCUACCAUCACAAAGAUCCAGGAUAUCUCGCAGUACACGGUGGUCUUUGACGAUGGCGACAUCACCACUCUCAGGCGAACGGCCCUGUGCCUCAAGAGCGGCAGGCAUUUUAACGAGAGCGAAACGCUGGACCAGCUGCCACUUACCCAUCCGGAACACUUUGGCAAUCCCGUGGUGGGUGGACGAAGGGGCAGACGGCGCGGCCACCUGAACGAGGACAGUUCCGAGGACGACGACGAAAGCGAUGCCAAGGAGGUGGUGAACGAGAAGGAGGAGAACAUCGGCAAGGUGGUGUGCGUGGAGACGGAGUCCAAGAAGAAGGACAAGGAGAAGUGGUUCCCCGCUCUGGUGGUGGCACCCACGGCACAGGCCACCGUACGCAUCCGAGUGAAGGACGAAUACCUGGUGCGCUCGUUCAAGGACGGCCGCUAUUACACGGUGCCCAAGAAGGAGGCCACCGAGUUCACGCGCGAAGUGGCGAGCAAGCAGGAUGUGCCUGCUGUGCAGGCGGCCCUCGAGUUUCUGGACAGCAGUGUUCUGCCUGCCCACUGGGACAGGGACUCGCUGUUCGGCCUCACGAACAUCUCCAGCGAUGACGAGGGCGAGAUUGACUCGGACUCCUCCGACGAUGAGCCGCACGAGGAGAAGGAUCGGUUCGUGGCCCAGCUGUACAAGUAUAUGGAUGACCGGGGCACACCGCUGAACAAGGUGCCCUCGAUUCUAAGCCGCGAUGUGGAUCUGUACCGCCUCUUCCGUGCGGUGCAGAAGCGAGGUGGCUACAACCGCGUUACCUCGCAGAAUCAGUGGAAGCUCAUUGCCAUGCGCCUGGGCUUCACGCCCUGCACGGUGAGUGUGAUGAAUCUGGUGAAGCAGGCGUACAAGAAGUUCCUGCAACCAUACGGUGACUUUCAUCGAAAGCUGGGCUGCUCCAUGCUGAUGACCUCGCGCAACUCCAACCGCAGCAAGGGUAGAAGCCUGGUGCGCGCCAAUUCAGUGGCCUCACCCAAGCCCAUGGAGACCACGAAGACGGAGACCAUCAGCAAACUGGCCCAGCCCAAUCAUACAAACGUGGUGGCCUCCACAUCGAGCAGUGCAGCAGCAGCGGCAGCUUCUACGCCGGCCAGAGCCGUGUCCACCGCCUCGCAGUCCGCAGCUGAGGAGUCGGGCAAUACCAGCGAAUCCAGCGUGGUGGUGGAGCCACCUAAGAAGCAAAGGAAGGGCUCAGCGGCCAGCAGUCAACAGGGCAAGGUCAAGAGUCUGGUGGAGAAGUACGAGGAAAAGUCCACUGCAGUUCAAGGCACAUCGUCUGGAUCAGUGGCCGCAUCGGGAGCCAGCGGAUCAUCUACAGCCGUGCCAACCACUUCGGCAGCUAUUUCCACGCCGACCAACUCGUCAUCAGCCACAUCAGGAGGCUCGGCUGCUGUUGCGACUACGGGAAUGAACAAGGAUGCCGAAUCGGAUCUGCCCUUGGCCAAGAUCAAGGCAGCGGCUGUGGCGGCCGCCUCCACCAGGCACAGCAUGGAAAAGGAGACCAACAUCAGUUCGGGCAGUAGUGCCUCCGCCUCCAGCAAGGCGAAUUCCGCGGAGAUGCAGCGCAGUCGUGAUGCCUCACCAUCGGUCGCUGCACCACCCUCUGCCGGCACAAGCACAUCCGGAGGAGCAGCUGCCCCCGCCCAGCCCACGUCCACCAAGAAGGAGAAGCACCAGCGGAGCAAGCAGGCGGACAAGGAGAAGGACAAGGACAAGGAUAAGGAAAAGGAGGAGAAGCAGGCUAGCAGCGGCAAGCGAAAGAAGGAGAAGAUUAGCGUGGAGAAGAUCGACACCGGCGACUUUGUGGUGGGCAUCGGUGACAAGCUGAAGGUGAACUACCACGAGAAGAAGUCGCCCAGCUCGCAUGGCAGCACCUACGAGGCCAAGGUCAUCGAGAUCAGUGUCCAGCGCGGAGUGCCGAUGUACCUGGUCCACUACACAGGCUGGAACAAUCGCUACGAUGAGUGGGUGCCACGCGAACGGAUUGCCGAGAACCUGACCAAGGGAUCCAAGCAGAAGACUCGCACCAUUAGCACCAGCAGUGCCAACAGCGGCAGUGGAGGUGGUGGAGGAGGAGGAAGUGGAGGUUCCUUUUCGGUGCAGGGCUCACAGCCGCCGGGAGUGUCCGAUAAGCAUCAGCCAGGCAAGGAUGGCUGUUCCAAAAUGCCACCCUCAUCGGGAAAUUCGACUGGACCUGGAGCUCCAUCGCAGUCGGGACCUCUGGGAGGCGCCAGCUCCACACCCUCGCUGCUCUCCACUGUGGUCAAGACCCCGACUACGGGAGGAGCCAAGCGCGGACGUGGACGCAGCGACUCCAUGCCACCGCGUUCCACCACACCCUCAUCGGUGGUGACCCACUCUGGUCGCACCAAGUCACCGGCUGCUUCACAGCCGCAACUACAGCAACAGAUGAAGAAGCGCCCGACGCGUGUCGUUCCCGGCACCACCACUCCGCGUCGCGUCUCCGAUGCCUCAAUGGCCUCCGAAUCCGAUUCAGACUCCGAUGAGCCGGUGCGGCGUCCAAAGAGGCAGAGUACCAAGGACAAACCACAAGCGGGCAAAGCGCCGCCGCCAGGCAAGGGACGCGUGGCCAGUAGGGCCUCCUCCACAGCACCCGCUGCCCAUCCCAGCGAUGAUUCCGAGGAUGAUGAGGAGGAAGAGGAACCAUCGGCGACCAGAGCAGCUCCGUCCAAGCAGCAGCAACAGCAGGCUGCCUCUUUGCGGGGAUCCCGGGCUGGCGGCAAUCGUGCCAUGAGCAGUGGCGCCGCUUCCGCCAAGGGACGUGACUAUGAUCUCAGCGAGAUUAGGUCGGAGCUUAAGGGAUUCCAGCCGAAGCUCCUGACGAACGCCGCGACCAACGAGGAGCGCAAGGAUCUUGCCAAGAAAGAGCCAUCCGACGAGCCAGCGCUGCAGGACAUCAAAAAGGAGCCCAAACUGGAGUCGUCAGCCAAGAGCAGCUCCACGGAACUGUCCUCGGAAACGGAAUCUUAUGCGGACGAAGACUCGCAGUCCUCCGACUACCGCAAACAACCGAAGGGAUCUGGAGCAGGCAAAAAGGAACCCACAGCCACUCCCUCCAAAUUGCAUCAUGAACCAGUGUCCAAAAGAGAACUGGCUGUCAAAGAAGAGCCUCUGAAAAUCGAACCCAAAACGGAGCCCAAGGAUGAGGAAUCCAAGAGCAAACCCUUCCUGUCGGGCGCAGACAUCAAACCCACCGCCCUGAUAGCGCCAGCUAGAUUCGGCAAUACCUCAGCUCCCCAAGCAGCCAGCUCAUCCGGAUCGGGCUCCACUACGGCCAAAUACACAUCGGUGAUCGUGGAGAAGCCCCUAACAAUUGGCGGCAAGAAGUCAGUGGAGCAGCAUGUGCCCAAGAAGGCAGAGCUGCUCAAGAAGCAAUCCGGCGGCGCAGGCGGAACGGCUGCUAGCUCUUCCCUGACCAGUCAGGAGUCAAAGAAGUUUGCAGAGCCUGUGGCAAGCUUGAAAGUGGAAAUGCCGGCAGCUUGCUCGCCCUCGUCGUCCUCCUCCUCGUCCAGUUCCUUCUGUUCGACAGGAUCCGCGGUGAGCUCGAGUUCGGCCACUCGUUCCCUGCCGGAUAUGAGCAAGCUGGAGAUCAGCAGUGGCACCGUCCCCGGACCGACGCCGGGAGCAGCGCCUUCGCAGUCAGCCAAUGCCACACAAGUCAGCUCGUCCGGUGCGGCCAAGGAGUCGAAGUACAGCAGCAGUGGAGGAGCUGCUGCAGGUUCGGGAAUAAGCAUGCGGAAGCUACUAUCGUCGGAUGUCUAUGAGUUCAAGGACACGGAGCCCUUUGAGUUCGAGAAGCGCAUCUCACCGAUGGCCUCUGUGGGCGGAACUUUGGCUGCCGGAGUCACUGCAGCCGGAGCAAUGGCGACUGCAGCAGCUGCUUCGGUAAUCACGACAGUGAUGCCAACACCAGCAGCCUCCGGAUCAGGUGGGGCAGCAGGUGCCUCCACUUCGGCCCCAGUGGUGGUUGGGUCGGCGGCCAGGAAGCAAGCGCUCAAGGCCAGCGCCAUUCAGCACAUCCUGGAGCACCAGGGUCCCACCGCUGGUCGCGAGCGUGGCUACGGCGGUAUGACUUCAUCAUUAAGCCUACUAACAGCGCCCAAGCUUAAAAAGAGGGGCUCUCCACUGAAGGAGCCAGCCUUGUGCCUGGAAAAGUCGAAGAUCUUCAAGUUGGACAAGGAGCAAGUCCAGCAGCCGGUGGAACAGAAGGCUCAGCAGCUAACCGCACCCACCCUAGGGCCAGUUGAAUCGUACACAGCAGGCAUACCGGAGCCCAUGUCGCCCUUGAGUACGCCAACUACAUCGAGCGGCCAUGCCCAGGCGUCGGGCUCUUCGACUUACAGCCAACUGACUCCGCACCAUGCCACACCUUUCGAUGCCUUGAGGAAGUCGCCCAGUUUUAAUCUGAACAUCACCGCCUUGAACGAGGAACUGGCACAGACUGUGCAAGAGACCACGCGAGCGCUAACGGAUGCACUGCAGCCGCCAACUACGCCUGGCCCGCCGCCCGUGUCGUCGAGUGGAUCCACAGCAACUGCAGUGACACCAGUGAUCACACCAACGCCCACAGCUGUGUCCGCCGCCUUGAGUUGUCCCAGCACACCGCCCACGGGUGCGAACCCAGUGCUGGCCUCGCCCAAGCUGAGCACACCACCGCAGGCCAUCAAUGCCAGCAAGCAGCCGCCUGCUCCCCACAUUGUGGGCAGCCCCUUCAUCGAGACCAGGAACGUGUUCGAGCUGAGCACCUCCAACGAGGGCAGUGGCUACAGCUCGGGCGAGUCCAAGGACAACAAGUUUGAGAAACUGGAGAACGUGAAAAUCCUGCUCGCCGGAGCAGUGGGGCCCUUCGACCUGGAUGCCGGCAGCUAUGAGCAGAAGACCAGCUCCAUAGCGGACAAGGUGCUGAAGGCCAUCAGUCAGAAGAAGGAGGAGGUGGAGAACAACAAGAGCAAGCCACCGGUGGAAUCCGCCUCCGCAUCCGCCGCCGCCAUCAAGACACCAGCGCGUGAGGAGGUGGUGCCAAGUCCGACGGUCAAACUGGAACUGUGCAGCAGUGCCAUCAAGCUCGACACCCUCAAGCUGUUGAGCGAACCACUCAAGAUACAAACGGGUCCACUUUUGGGCGAACUCUACAGGCCCGGACCGGCAACUAGCAGUCCGGAAACCAAAUCCAUUCUGGAGUCUUCGCUGCCGGCCAAGAACAGCGAGUUGAGCGAGACGAUUCAGAAACUGGAGUGUGCCAUCCAGCAGCGAAAGACGCCAGUCGGUGGAGCCCUCUCGCUGGCCAGCUCUACGGCAGGCACACCACCCACAGCCCACACACCGAACUCGACGGCCACCGCAGGAGCAGGAUUUUCGGACGAAUCAAUGGACAGCACCGACUCCGAGCAGCGUCUGGUCAUCGAGGAUGUGAUAGCUGAAGAGCACACAACGACCACAACAACUGGCGAGCAAAAGAGUCCGGGAUCCCAGCAAGAGGAGGGUCAAACCAACACGGCCACCAUGGCGACGGCGGUUACCGCCGAAACGGAGGGCACCAGCAGCAGCACACCCACGCCACCGGUUCCUGCGCCCGUUAAAUUGGAACUGGGUGCCAAGGCUAUGCCAGGAAUCCAAGCACCCAUUCCUCUGAAGCCCGCCGAGGGUAGCUCCUUUGCUGGGAAACUCUCCGGUGUGGCUCAACCCCCACCGCUGGCCAAGCUCCAGCAACAAGAGGAGAUGGGUCAGUCUCAGGGCCAGUCGAAGAGUAUCAGCUCCUUCGGCAUUCCCAUUGUGCUGCCCGAGAUCCCCGCCUCUGUUGUGGUGGCCACGCCAGCCCUCAUGGUGGCCUCCGCCGCCACAGUGAUGCGUCACAGUCCUGGCUCCACGUCGAACUCGCCCGCGCCCGUCCUGAUCUCUCCCAAAACGUUCCUGACCGCCCCGAAAGUGGGCGAAGUUGGUGGACUGCUGCUGAAGGCCUAUACAGGAGUGGGCGGAACAGUGGUGGCAGGAGGAGCAGUACCAGCCGGAAGCGUGAUAGCAGCAGCCGGCGGAGGAACACCCACUGUCAUCUCCAAUUUCACCCAACAGCAGCAGCAGCAGCAGGCAGGCGUGGCGCAAGCGGCCCCGGAGAUGGCCGCCAGUUACGUUAUAGACGCGGAGAUGGCCGAUGCUGCCAACAGCAGUGCCCCAGUGGUGGCUCGGCCAUUUGUGAUGCACCCCGUGAACAAGGAACUGUUCAAUGUGGUCGCACCUGCCGCCAGCUCGCCUUUGAUCAGCGAUCCUCACAACGAGUCCAUUAAUUUGCUCUGCGAGGAAACCAUACCGGGCAGUCCGGCGCCCAUUCACGGUGGCACCGAUCAGUUACCCCUCGCCGUGAAUUCGGCGCUAGCCAUCGUGGGCAUUACGCCCCUGCCGCCUGAUACGCCGCCACCCGUACCAGUUGCUGCCAUCCAGCAGCAGCAUCAACUGCAAAGCGGUCAGCAGCAGCAGCAGGCGGCCAAGGCGGGAGAGGUCAAUCCCUCGGCGCCCAACAGUUCGCCGGACUCGGCCAGCCAGGAUGAGAGUGGCGAGGAGACGAAGAAGAAUGCCGAGCUCGAGCACGAGGACUCCAGCGGACUGGGAGCGCUGAACAAGCGCAAGCGCACCCGCAAACCUCUACCGAUGAGCGCCCAGACGGCGGCAGCCGUGGCGGCCCAGCUCCAAUCCCUGGGCAAGAGGCGACGCCAGGUGUCCGGAAUGCGCAAUCAGAAAACCACAACCGCCACCGCGGGCUCCGAUACCGACGACAACUCGGAUAACAUAGCGCCGAACGCAGGACAACAGCAGCAGCAGCAACGACAGAGCGCCCGCCAACAGAUGAUGCCCCAGGGCAACGCGCAACAGCAACUGCUGCAACAGCAGCAGACGCAACUGCAGCAGGGUAUCCAGUCGACCAACUCUUCGGGCGUGCGUCCAUGCCCGUACAACUUCCUCGUUGAGCUGGAUCCAGCGCUCAGCUCCGACGAGUGCAUCACGAUCCUGCGCAAACAGAUCCAGGAUCUGCGCAAGGCCUACAACACCAUCAAGGGUGAACUGGCGGUCAUCGAUCGCCGGCGCAAGAAGCUGCGUCGCCGUGAGCGCGAGAAGAAGCAGCAACAGCUGCAUAGCCAACAGCAGGGCAAGAUCUGUGCCUAGCUCGGAUGGCAUCCACAUCAGCAUGCGUUGAGCAGCGACUCUCUUAUUUAAUCUUGUGCAAAUACAAACGACCUUAGACCGACUGGAGAGCCUAUUGCGGAUCGUUGAUAAACGGAUGAUAUGAUAUGAUUAAUAUGAAUAGAAAUUGUAUAUCUAUGGAUUUUUUUUCCAACUCUAGGUUUAGCCACAAAACUUAAGGAUUAAGCACAAAAUUGUCUAUAUAAAUACAUUUCAUAAGAUGUAUGUAUUCGUAA